AUGGACUUGUCAGCGCAUGAGGAGCCGUUGCCUGUCAGACACAGGCGCACGGAAAGUGUGUGCAUGCGACGCUGCAUGCUCGCAGCACAGGAAACGGGAGAGAGAACGGGCCAGCCGGAGUUGCAUGGUGAGGAGAAGGAGAGGGAGGACGGGGGGCUGGGAAUGGCAACAUCUGUUCGUGAUGUCGAUGCUGAGGCAAAAAAUAACCUGGAACUAAGACAAGGAAACCACAUCACACAAAAUAUGGUGGAUGCAAGGUUGACGCCCCUGGCUGCGAUGGGGCUGGACCGAAGCACUCUGAUACACGACAGCCUCCGUCUCCACAGUGGGGUCGUCUACCCGGGGAUCAGAACCCUUCCAGUGGAGAAGAGCAGAGAGACACCCGGCCUCCCGCUCACCUACAGUAGGGAUGGUCUUCCUGAACUAAUUUACAAACCCGACAGCCCUCUGGACAGUCGUAAGCCCAUAAAUGGUUACCAGAGCCUCUACAAGGGCACCCAUCCGAGCCUUCACAAGCCUGUGCUGGUUGCUGGAGCUGAGGGUCUUGGCUUGGAACGGCGAGUAGGUCCUGGAGAAAAAGUGUCAGAGCUGGGGUUGGCCGGGGCUGGCGGCAGCUACCUUCGCAUGCCGUUGCUGAGCCCAUACCCGGAAGCAGGCAUGUAUCCUUUUAUGGACACAUCCAAGUACGCUGCUUUGAACAUAUACAAAGCCUCCUUGCUCAGCCAACCCAACCCAUAUCUUCCCCAGCACCUGCCCUAUCCACCCCUGUGUGCAGCCCAGGGGCCCAAUGUUACAUCUGCUGCAGUUGUUUCUGCUGCUGAGAGGCUCUAUUAUAUGCCUCCCUACCCUCCCUCCCCCAUCUCCUCUCCCCUGGUGGCGCCUCCCAUGAGGAUUCCUGCGGUCACGGUGGCCCCCACUUCGCUGGUACACUGCCAAGACAAAGGGCUUGGGGUUACAUCUCCGUUUGCACAGCAGCUUCAUCAACCCUCUCCUCAUCCUCAGCACCAUCAGGCAGCUAUGGAAAGAGACCGCUCUCCGAGCAGGAGCAGCAGACCAAGCAGACCUCCCUCCAGGAAGGGCGCAAGCAACAACAAUGGCACCAGUAGUACCAGCACCAGUGGCACCACUGUUGGGAAUAAUAACAGUCUGCCUGCUGAUUCUUCUCAUAUGUCCUCCCGCCUCCCCCAGCCUCCUCCUCUGCCUACUCUCCUUGACAAAGCGCUGGAUUUGCAAAGGCCAGUUGCGAGAAUAGGACAACCAUCCGCCUCAUCUGCGGCUUCAAUAUCUGUGUCCUCCUCCUCCUGUACGCAGUCCAUUGCUCAUCCUUUUUCUAUUAGCAGCAUGGCGUCAGAGCAGCCCUCUUCUGCCAGACCCAGCCCCCAUAAACCCAGGUCGAGAGAUGGGGCAUCUGAGAGCAGAAGUGCAGGAGUGGAAAAAGUACACAGCAGGUCUCCUUCAUUAGUCAAUUUUGAGAGACCAGCUAACCAACCCCAACCAACCAAAGACUCUGCUGAGAAGCCUCUGGAUUUGUCAGGAAGGAUGAUUGAGUAUGGGCUGCCAGCCAAUGGCUUCUCAGUUAAAAUGGACACCAUGUCAUCUGGUGCCCGUUACGGACUACCCACUGGCAGGGAGCUUCUCAAUGAAAAUGUAUCCCUCUCCCCUUCGUCCCAUUCUCAUUCUGUGGUCAGCAGCACUUCUUCAAAGGUCUCAGAGAGACCGGAGAUGAUCAGCACUUUACACUCAUCGUGGGUCGUACCGAGCCCGUCUCCCUCACACGCACAGCACACAUCGGGUUUGCCGCACUCUCCGAGGUCAAAUGCAGACCUAGGCCUUUCACAAGCCAAAGGCACCUCGCCCUCUGUUAUCAAGAACAAGGGCCUAGAGAGAGUUCUCCCUCAGCAGCGAAGCUCAUCCUGUCCAAGGAUAGGAGAGCCCAUCCUCAGCGUUCCCUCCUCACAACACUCUGGCUCAUCUCUGAUCAGCUCCAGGGCUAUUUCCCCCAAACCUAAUGGUGAAUGGGUCAAACACAGCCCCAGCCAGUCGGAGUACCACAGAGAGGGAGCAGAAAAGUCUGUCCAGACGAAUAAGAGAAGUGAACCGACUCCAGAUCUGUCAUCAUAUAAGAGGCCAUGUUUGGAGAACGGUCACCCUCCUCCCCACCUUUUCCUUCCUCAAAGUGAGGCUUAUCUGAACCACAGCUUGGCUUAUGCUAAUAGAUAUCUGCAGUACCCCAUCCAUGAUGGCUUAGCGCUACACUCUGUCCCAAUUUCAGGCAAAGGCCCAGUGUACCCCAAUCCUGUUCUGCUGGGUAACAAUGGCAUUUACCCAACCCACAUGGCUGGAAAACACCCUUUAACCUACCCAAACCUCCCAGCUGGUCCGGGCACAGAAUACCUCACUUAUAACACACAGGAGAUGGCCCAUCCGCUGAUGCAGACACACUCUGACAGCAAGAUGACAGAGAGGGCAGAUGCAACACUAAAACCCCGGGGACAGGAGAAACCACGGGUAGCUGUCGAAGAAGGCGGGAGCCACAGAGUUUACAGCACUGGGAAAGACACAGGCGAAGGCAACCAAAUGAAGCAUGAUAGGGAGGUAGGGGUGCAAGGACAGGGUGGCAGUCAAAGCAAAAACUUCCAAUCAUCUGUGGUGUCCAGAGAAAAGAUUGUCUGCAUUGACCUUGUACACUCAGACACAGAUAUUGAGUUUACACCAACAGUCCACAAACACCCUUCUGCUGAGACUAGCAACAAGGGAAGCCAAAAUGAAAGUCAUAGCAGCCAAAAUCUGACGAACGCUGACGGUGAGACAAAACACCAAGCACAUUCAAGCCACUCUCGACAGAACCCCAACCUGAAGAAGAACAACACUGACGGGCAGAAAGAAACUUCCUUUGGUAAAGGAAAGAUUCACCAGGAAACACCCUAUCCUACAGAGGCAUCGAGGACAUCCCAGACCUCUCUUCUAGGGGAGGUCUCUGAUGCAGAGGAGAGCACUGAGGAGAGUAGCCCCAGCCCAGAACCUGGGGAUCAAGAUCAGAGCACUUUACGCUGUGCCCGCACCUCAGGGGAGCGUAGCUCUGGUAAGGACAAAAGAGAUGAGGGCAGCUGCGCUCCUCUUCUUGCACAGCACAAUACAAAUGUGGUAAAGGAGUGUGAGAGGGAGACUGAAAAAGAGGACAGUAUUGUUGAUCUUGGGGAGUCCCAAGUGGAGGGAGAUGAUGAAGAGGAGGAGGAAGAAGGUACCCAGACUUCAUCUAAAAACUCCCGUAGGUCCAGCCUGGCCAAACGGAUUGCAAACUCCUCUGGCUACGUCGGCGACCGCUUUAAAUGCGUCACCACAGAGCUGUAUGCCGACUCUAGCAAACUGAGCCGCGAGCAGAGAGCUUUGCAGAUGGAAGUCUUAUCACGAGAGGAGAGUAAUAUAAGCCAACCUGCAGCUAACUGGGAGCGGGCAAUGAUGCGGUUCUCGGAGUUGGAGCUGAAGGAGAAGGAGGGUGGCGGCAGCGUGUGUGUCUCUGCCUCUGCAGCUGGACGGGAGCUGGCAGACGGCCAGCACACCAACAUGCAGGCAGAGAGGGAGGGUGUCCGUCAACUAUACACCAACAACAGGGUUCCAGUUCUCCAGAGGUGUGUGGCCCCGAGGGACCAUGUGUCCCUGGGUCACCAGGGUCAAGAUGGAGCCAGGAGAGCUGCGAUGAUAGAGUCUGAGGAGGGACUUUGCAUGCCUCCCACUCUGACGCCAUCAAAGGAGUUCCUGGAGGAAAAGGUCAGCCCUGGCUUUGGAGCUGCCAGAAAACGGCCGCUCGUCAAGGAAGAGCAGGAGGAUGCAGAGGAAGAGGAGCGGGAGAAGAGAUCCAAGCUUUCUAGGGAUGAGCGAGAGCAGGCCAGUCCCGAUGAGGAUGAUGAUGACGAGGUGCGAAAGCUCAAAGUCUGCAUUGAGCUCAAGGGACUGCGACUCAGCAAGCUCGCUGCAGGAGCUGCGUCACCUGACGGGUCCCAGUUCAAACAGGAGAGGCCCUGGCUCCAGCCCCGUACGGCAAACCCAGCACAGACCCAACGGGAGCGCAAGAUUCGGGCGGCAGAGCACGAGGACAGAGCUGCAGCCCAGAGGAACGACAUUAACAGGAAGUGGGGCUGUGAGAAGCUACCUAAUGGAGUAGCUGCUCCUGCCCUUCCCCCAAGCCAGCCAAAGGACAGAGUGCACCAGCCGAGCCUCUUCUCAGGUGACCGCGGCCUCAAGGAGCCCCGGAGGGGCCCCCCCUCCCCGGGCCCGGAGCCCUGCGUGGGAGGUGUCCCUCCCCUCAAGCCCCGUCGCCAUAGCGACGCAGACAAGCCCAAGGGCAAGCGGCCGUGCAAGACCAAACACACUGGUCAGCGGGACAGAGAGAGGGAGCGGGAGAAGAAGAAAGAGGCCGCGCCCACCAGCCCCGGCCAGCGCUCUGCCUCUGAUCUGGGAUCAGCGGAGGACGACAAGCCGACUGAGCAGCGCAGCGCUCCAAGGAAGAGAGCCGCCUCUCCUAAUCACUAUCCCUGCUCUCCGCUCAAGCCCUGCUCCCCCGCCGCCCUCUGUCCGCCCGCCCUGCUGCCACAGGCGAACAUUACAGCUCUGCCAGAGGUGCCGGGGCUGCACAGGACCCCCCCUCCAGAGCCCUCUGCCGUGCGCCCCAUCCCACCAGAGGCUCGGCGGCUGAUCGUGAACAAGAACGCAGGCGAGACUCUGCUGCAGAGAGCCGCGCGGCUUGGCUACGAGGAGGUGGUGCUGUACUGUCUGGAGAAUAGAGUCUGUGAGGUGAAUCACAGAGACUACGCGGGCUACUGCGCUCUCCACGAGGCGUGUGCCCGGGGCUGGCUCAGCAUCGUCCAACACCUGCUGGAUUACGGGGCCGACAUCAACUGCAGUGCACAGGAUGGGACUAGACCCAUCCACGAUGCUGUGGAGAACGAUCACCUGGAUGUGGUGCGGGUCCUACUGUCCUACGGAGCCGACCCCACCCUGGCCACGUACUCUGGCCGCAGCCUCCUGAAAAUGACCCGCAGCGACAGCAUGGAGCGCUUCCUCACCGAUUAUUUUGCUGACCUUCAGGGCCGCUCAGAUGACGACCCAGGGCUUUAUUGGGAGUUCUAUGGCAGUGCUGUGUGUGAAUUUGGCGAAGAAGGGGGUGUUUAUAACAUCCUCACAAACCCACCAGGCCCCGACGACACAGACGAGGGUGAGAAAAGGGAGGUGUUUGAGUUUGAGUUCUCGGACCGACCUCUGCUGCCGUGCUACAACAUCCAGGUGUCCCUGUCUCAGGGACCUAGAAACUGGCUGUUGCUGUCCGACGUGCUCCGGCGGCUGCGCAUGUCCGCCCGUGCCUUCCGACAAGCCUUCCCCCACAUGGAGGUGGUGACAGUGGCCGAGGCCGAGUUCUACCGGCAGGCGUCCCUGUCACAGCUCUUCUCCUGCCCGGAGGAGCUGGAGGGGUUCCACCCGGACAGCAAGGACCUGCUAGACUUGGUGGAAGACAGCGCAGAGCUGGCCGCUCUGCUGGGCUCAACACUGGAGUGUCUGGAUGACCGCUGGGACCACCCGGCAGACAAGCUCAAGGACAAAAUCAAGGCAGCGGGCAAGCUGGGCUCAUCCUGACCUUCCUCCUCACCGAGUGAAGUUUGCUUUAGAACCAAUCAGAGGUUACAGAUAUGCCUUAGCGUGACCCUUAGUUCUCUCGGCUCUGGCCCAGUCCUGGACCACCACUGGUGCACUCUACAGACGGAUUGAGCUACUGGGUGACUGGGCUGUGUAAACAUUUCCCUCCGUUUACUAAGGAUCAACAUGUUUCUGACUCAAGAGACUUAAUGAUGGUCUUAUUUUUAUAAAUUAAUAUAUGUACAAAUAAAUAUAUACAGUAUAUAUGAUACAGAGAGCUAUUUCUUUCUUUGAGAUGUUGCUCACAGCUUCUCUGAAAGCUUUUUCUUAUGGAGCAGUCGUGCUCUCAGUGGCUGGAUGGACUGUGUACAGCACACUGUGCAUGUGUUUUAGUUGUACAGAAUAGUUCUGAGGCUGUGCUGUUCGGUCUGAUAUUUGUGUUUAUAGGAAGCACAUGAUGUCCAUUUUUUUUCUCCCCUAGUUCUCCUCAAACUUUAGUGCUCGCUUGAGCCUCAGGGGCUACUUUGUUGUAUUGUUUUUCUCUUUAAAUGUUCCUUUUUGUUCAGGCUGUAAUUUAAAAGUUCAAAACUGCAAAACUGUAUAAUAAAGUUUAAAGAUAUGAUGUUGAUAGUCCCCCUGUAGCACAGAGCUUGUAUAUAACAAGGAAGCUCUGCAGUACAGUCAUUUCUUCGGUGUUCAUUUAUUUGUUUUUUGUUUUAACUUUGUAAGUAAAAUAUCCCAUAAUUUGUAUUUAUAUUUUACAAAAGAAGUUGCUUUAAAAUAAAUAUACAACCUGCAAGUUGAACCAAA